UGAUACAGAAAGGAGGAUAAUAGUGAGGGGGGAAGUCCUGGCUCAGAUAUCUCCUUCAGCUCUGUGACUGCACAGGGUUGUGCUUGUUUGUAGGGACUAGUUUGUAGGUCACCAGCAGGGUGACCAUAGGAGAGGUGGUGCGGUUGGAAAACACUGCACUAUCUCAUCUAUGAAGCAAGACCCAAACCCUCCAAGGUUUGCAGAUGGCAUUGGAGGAGCCUCUCCCACCCAGGCUGGGAUAGGGGCAGCAACGUGACUCCUGAUCCACUUCAAUCCCAGAACAAAUACUGAAACACACAGCAGCAUUGUAUCCUCAGGGAAGAAGAAGGGGACCUCGAACCCCGUGUCUUAAGUUAGGGGACCUUAUUAGUGAGAAAUCUGGCCUUUGAUUCACUAGUAAGGGCACAAGCAGAGGGGAAGGUCAGAGAACCAAAGCUAGACAUGAAAGACAAGGAAGAAGGCCGAAAAGGAGAAUGAUCACAUGAGAGACGAAGGUGGAGCCACUAAGCAGUGUUAGCCUGGAAGGAACCAGAAGUUCGUGGAGACUGCCUUGGGAAGAGAGAGAAAGCCCUGCUAAAGAAGAGAACUAUAAACUGUAUCAAGCUGAAAUUACAUCAAGUCUCAAUAUCUUCAACCAGCUCCUAGGCAGCAGCAGCACCAUGGCGGAACAAAACAACAAUGAAACAGAUCUCACUGUUGGCUUCAUCUCCUCUGCUGUAGCUGUCAUCUUAUUUGGCUCCAAUUUUGUUCCAGUUAAAAAAUUUGAUACUGGCGAUGGAAUGUUUCUUCAGUGGAUUCUCUGCACUGCCAUAUGGACAGUUUCCUUAGUGGUCAAUCUGUUACUCCAUUGUCCCAAGUUUUGGCCCCUUGCAAUGCUUGGGGGUUUCAUUUGGGCCACAGGUAACAUCACUGUCGUUCCAAUUGUUAAAACAAUUGGUUUAGGCCUCGGACUUUUAAUCUGGGGAUCAUUUAACUCUCUAACAGGCUGGGCAAGCUCAAGAUUUGGAUGGUUUGGGAUGGAUCCUGAAGAGGUAUCAAGGCCCUUGCUAAAUUACAUUGGAGCCGGACUUUCCGUGAUAAGGCCAGACUUCUUUCCAGUUUUUCCAGAAGUUUUUAUCAAAUAUGCUGUUAUAUUUUUAUUUAUAAAAAGUGAAGUACCAAGUUUAACAUGUUCCUUGGACACAACACCAUUACUAACUGAACGUGCAAUCAACAGUACUCAAACUAAUGGCCUGGAUUAUUCGUGGACCAAAAAGCUUUCUCAAUUCCAAAACAGACUAUUAGGCUGUGUUCUAGCAGUUGUAUCUGGAAUACUCUAUGGAUGCAGUUUUGUACCAGUAAUUUAUAUCAAGGACCAUGGCAAAAGGAAUGACAGCAUAUAUGCAGGAUCUAGUCAAUAUGAUUUGGACUACGUCUUUGCACAUUUCAGUGGUAUCUUUGUUACAAGCACUGUCUACUUCCUGGUCUACUGCAUGAUUAUGAAAAAUAAUCCCAAAGUUUAUCCUCAAGCAAUAUUACCAGGUUUUUUUUCUGGAGUACUUUGGGCAUUAGCCAGUUGCUGCUGGUUCAUAGCUAAUCACUCUUUAAGUGCUGUGAUCAGUUUUCCAAUAAUCACGGCAGGCCCAGGACUUAUAGCUGCAAUGUGGGGUAUCUUCGUAUUUAAGGAAAUAAAGGGUAUUAAAAACUACGUCCUAAUAACACUUGCAUUUUUCAUCAUACUGUCUGGAGCCUUGGCCACUGCUUUUUCUAAAGUUUGAAUGAAUCACCAGCAGAUGGUAGCAGUGGUUAAUCAAACUCCUUUAAUAUUGGAAGUGCUAGAGAGAGCUGAUAUUUUCAAAGAAGAAACAACUUAUUUUUCAUAACGCAAGAAGAAAUAAACUGCUCUCUGUGCCUGUAAUUAGAAAACCGUUUUUUUUCACUUGUUUCAAGAACACAGGAAGGAAGAAACUUGCUGCAUGUGAAAUGUAUUUGAACAAAGAAAAGUUCAUCUGGCCCACCAAAUGGAAAGAACAUCUGUAGGACUUUAAUGAAUGUCCAAAAGAUAUUCAAGUUUUUCCUGGAUGAUUUUCAUGAUUUUUAGACAUUUAUUUUUCCCAGGAAUGGAUCACCCAAAUCCAAGUUCUCUUAUACCUUUCUCCAUUUAGAAGGGUAAAAAGGAGGAAUACUGUUGUCUCCAUGGUAAUUCAUCAGUGGGGAUCUGUAAUGUGAUGCUAUAUAUUGUUUAGCCCAAACUUUAUACAUGAUCAAUGAGUUUGUAGUUUGAAUCACCCAAACUCAGUAGCUUAGAAUAUAUUAUUUUCUUUUUUAAAAAUCAAGUAUUAAUAGAUUAGAGAUAAUAAAUGAUUGGCAAAAAUUACUCAGGGUUAGGUUUUGGAAAUAGAUUCUGAAGAUGUCAAGAUUCUUUCUAGAUAAAGAAAAUAUUGAUAUUAGUAACUGAACAUGUUUGAUUAUUUUUAAAUGUAAGAGAUCUGGCUAUAAUAUAACAAUAAAGAGAGAAAUGCCAAAAGUUA